GUCUCCUCUCCCCCCCUUUCUUCUCUGGUGGUGUACGCCAGUAGGUAACCCAACAACUUCCCUUUAUAUCUGCUUCUCAAUUCACAUUUCCUUACGUGAAUGCCUAACAACACUUCAUCAUCAUUUCCCUCGGACUCAAACUCGGAUCGGGUUUUGAAAUGGAUCCUCAACCUUCCAUAAUGAACCACGCCGCGCCGUUUAAUUUGGCUGAGAUCUGGCAGUUUCCUAUUAAUGCCGGUGGAGACGCCACGGCGUAUACUUUGCCGCCACCGUCAACGGCGGCGGCGCAUAAUGUGAGUGAUAUUCCAAAGAAUACAAAUUACAGUGGCGGUGGUUCAGUUAGGAAGCGACACGUGGAUGAUGAAUUUGCUAAUAAAGGAGUUUCCACUAGCGGCAAUGGCUUGACUGAUUCUGAUAGUAAGCGGCUGAAAGCUACAAGAUCGAAUGAGAAUUGCCAAUCUAGAGGUGAUGGGGAAGGGAUUUCAGGAAAAUCUACAGAACAACCUGCAAAGCCUGCUGAACCACCAAAAGAUUAUAUUCAUGUGCGAGCAAGGAGGGGUCAAGCUACUGAUAGUCACAGUCUAGCAGAAAGAGCUAGGAGAGAAAAGAUAAGUGAGAGGAUGAAAGUCCUCCAAGAUAUAGUCCCUGGUUGUAAUAAGGUUAUUGGCAAAGCUCUCGUCCUUGAUGAGAUAAUAAAUUAUGUUCAAUCAUUACAGCACCAGGUUGAGUUUCUAUCGAUGAAGCUUGAAGCAGUUAAUUCAAGAACGCCAAGCAUAGAAGGAUUUCCAGCUAAAGAUUUCGGACAGCAGACAUUUGAUACAAAUGCGAUGGCAAAUGCAAUGACGUUUGGUUCACAAGCUACAAGGGAGUAUGCCAGGGGAACGUCACCAAAUUGGUUGCAUAUGCAGCUUGGUGGAGGAUUUGAAAGAACACCAUAAGUUAAUAAGAUCAUUAGGAGUCUAAUGCCUCUGAUGAUCGGCAGACAUGGCUAGUCAAGGUUUCGUAGAGAGCUUAUAUCCGGUAUCUUUGUCAGGCACAGAGUUGUUGAAUGUCUAGUACAGCUGAUGGACAGACAACCACAUCUUCCACUUCGUUCGUUGGUAAAGCAUCUAUCUUUUUAUACUUGUAGCAGGCACCAUAUUCUCUUUCGUGAAUACUAAGCACAGCUGUUAAAAAUGACAAGUAUUCUUGUGAAAAGGCCUAUUUGAUAUGUAUAGAAUUGGGUGUGUCAAGAUUCUGAAGUUGUCUUUCUAUACUAGCUUAAUAAAGUGUUCUGUUCCGUCCUAAA